GCCGUGCAGACGCGCGCGGCGGAGGCAAGCCGAGCUGCUGAGUAGUGCUGCCGGGGCCAGCAGAGACACCGUACCCCGAGAUCACAUCCACCCCACAAGCCUUUACUGUGGAGCAGUGAACUGUUUAUGGUUCCAUUUACUUGAGAUCAUGCAGAGAGCUUCACGCCUGAAGAAAGAACUGCACAUGCUAGCCAUAGAACCUCCCCCAGGCAUCACGUGCUGGCAGGAAAAGGACCAAGUGGAUGAUUUGCGAGCUCAAAUAUUGGGUGGAGCCAACACACCUUAUGAGAAAGGUGUUUUCACGCUGGAAGUUAUCGUUCCUGAGAGGUACCCAUUUGAACCGCCACAGAUCAGAUUUCUGACUCCAAUCUAUCAUCCAAACAUUGAUUCUAGUGGAAGGAUUUGUCUAGAUAUUCUCAAAUUGCCACCAAAAGGUGCGUGGAGACCAUCUCUCAACAUCGCUACUGUAUUGGCCUCUAUUCAGCUGCUCAUGGCAGAACCCAAUCCUGACGACCCACUAAUGGCUGACAUUUCCUCAGAAUUUAAAUAUAAUAAGAUAGCUUUUAUCAAGAAUGCCAGGCAAUGGACAGAGAUUCAUGCAAGACAGAAACAAAAGGCUGAUGAAGAGGUGCUAGACAACUCAUCAGAGCCUGGUGACUCUCGGGAGUGCAGCUCCGCACAGAAAAGGAAAGCCAGGCCACUAGGAGGCAUAGAAAAGAAAUUCCACCCCAAUGUUCAGAAAGUUUGUCCUGGUCCCUCUUAGUUAAUAGUGUCUGAGACAAGGUGGUCUCUUUUGCUUGCUUUUCUUGAAUGUUUUUCUUUGUGUUUGAUGACAUAAUGUUUGUACCCUUGUAAGACCUUGUAUGUUUAUGAACUCUGCUGUGCAGUGAUGCUUUAAGGAUAGU